UAUUGCGAAGGUUGUACAGCAACGUUGUACAUCAUUAUGUCGGGGCAAAACGUAAAAAAAUGCAUGAACAGUCCCCCUUUUGAAAAUACUUGCGACUUUUCUACGAUUGCUGGGCAUAACAAAAUUCUACAGAGCGAAGGCAUGGACGUGUGGUGUUUAUCCUUGCUGUACACAAGUCAUACUCUUUCAAAAACGAAAGGAAUGUUCGCCGAAGAGAUGCUUCACUAUUACGAAGAAAAUCUUAAGGGAAAGUGUCAAAAACAACAAUCCCGAGAAAUUAUAGGGCAUUGGAAUUCCCUGAAGAAAUCAGUGGAGAACUCGCCAAAAUCUGUGCUGGAGAAGAUCCCGUUGAAGUUUUUCCUUAAACUUAUGGAAGCAUUUGAGGAUGUAGCAAAUAAAAUUAAGAUCAUACAAAUAUUUUGCGAGGUUUGCCCUGGCAUCGCAGAGAACAAUGAUGGCUUCGACAAAGAAAGUGCAACUGCAAAAAUGCCAGUGGUGGACGAGGAAAAUAUUUCUUCGCCGGCAGAAGGGGCUGUUCCAUCAAAAAUUGAGCAAAGCGUGGAUGAAGGAAGCACGAACGUAUCCUGCUCGUCAAAUUCAAGAGUACAUCAAUUAUUGAAGGAAUCAGAGGAACGUGGAUAUGGAAAAGUGGAUGAUGAGGCGUCCACAUCACGACAAGAAAUAUGUACGGAAACCCAAAGUACAGAUGAGGUCGGUGACAAAUGCUGCAAAGCAAUGACAAAUAACGCACAUGGCGUCUGUCAGGCUACGAAGAAGAUUGAAAUGGAAAACGUUCGGUUCCUCGAAGAGAUGAAUGAUGGUGGAUGUGAAGAAAACAAGAGUUUGAGUCAGCAAGAAUGUGGCAUUGUGAAGGACUCGAUGUCUUUUGAAAACGACGCACGUGUGAACGGGGCAAGAGGUUCGCGAAAAGCGACGAAAGCGGUUUCGGCCCAGGCUGAGAACAAGCUAUCUCUCAUUGGAAAUACGAAAAAUCUUGAACUUAGGGACAGAAAGAGGGCCAAAAGCCCUCAACCAGAGAGCGAGGCAUCUUUGAAGUCCGCCCCGAUUAUGGAAACGAAAUCGGAUGACUUUGGUAAUAAAAUAGAGCCUCCUGGAACAUCAGGAAACGACACCUCGUCAAAGAAGGUUCCGGGCUCUAUUGGCAAAGAAAUCUUUUCCCGUCCAAAUUCAGAGAAAAAAGAAGAUUUUCCUAGGAAAGACGUCAAGGAGCCUCUGAAACAAAAUGCGACUGCACAGUCUUCAAAGUUUACAGAAGAAGAACCAUCUUCCAUAGCUAAGGAAAAUACACGAUCUGCAAGCAACGGAGUAUUUUGCGUCUCGAAAGACGCCACAGUCAGUAAGGUUCGCACUGGAGAAAAAGACAGUUCAAUGAAAGAAAUGAUGAUAUCAAAUGAACCAGUGUCAAAUACAGACAUGUUCAGUGAAACAAGAAAAAAAUCGCAAGAACGUCAAUGCAAGGAGUCUAAUAAGGUUUCAUUAUCCAGAGAAGAGGAGUUGACUCUCAAGGGGAAGAGGGCAGCACACGUCGAUGCAAGUGAAAGAGGAAUAAGACCACCAGAAGACAAAAACAAUUCAUGGAGUCAGUUCCCAGCCACAGUGGAAUGUUCUCAAAACCCAUGCAUUUUGUGCAAGCCAUUGGUAGAAAGCGAGCUUACAGAACACAAAAACAAAAUUUCUCGUAUUAAGGCUCAACUAUACAAAACAAGGAAAAGGCACGUGCAGAAAAGCAUCAAAAUCAGGAAGAAAUUCUUUAGACUGGAAAAAGAAAACAAGUCAUUAAAGAAGAGAAACCUUGAACUGAAUGAAAUGAAGAACCUCCUAUGUAAACAAAUUUAUGGCUAUGUAACGAUACUGCAGGAUGUUGAGAAAACCGGCUACUACGACGUCACCAACCCAGGUUUAUAAUAUAGGAGAUGGUUUGUUCCUUUGCUACCACCAAGUCUUCAAAGUAAAUAAUGUAAUUUAGGUAUAUUUAUCCAUUCCGGAAUACGAGUUAUUGCAACUGAGCUAUAUAUUUUACAAUUUAAUGUUAUAUUUUUGCCAUAUUUAAAGACAAUCAGCCAGCAAAAUACUCCCGAAUUUUCCCGAGUACACACAUAUUGUCUUAAAACGAGGCAGUUGAUAUGUACUAGAUUGUCAGUUACACACUCCUUAAAAAAAUUAUAUAUGCAACUAUUCUUAA